CAGCGUCGGUUGACUGCUGUGAACUCAGGUCGGCCGAGUGGGGACAACGCUAUAAGAAGAUAAAUCACCGACCAACAGACAGUUUACGGUUGGAUCGCUGUUCAGAGCGGAUACAGUGUUUCCACAGAAUCGCAGCCGAACGACGCCCGCACGAGGAUAACAUGUCGACCAGCUUCGGAAGCGUUCUCAUAAGCGACCCCGUGCACGCGUCCUGCGGCGAGCUGCUUGCCCGUCACGGCAUUCCGGUCACAACCAAGCACAAGCUGUCGAAGGAGGAGCUGAUUAAGGAACUUCAGAACCACGAUGCCCUGAUCGUUCGAUCGGAAACUAAGGUGAACAGCGAGGUGUUCGCGUGCUGCCCGAAACUUCGCGUCGUCGGCAGAGCUGGAACUGGAGUCGAUAACAUCGAUCUCGAGGCCGCUACGCGGAAAGGAGUCGUCGUGUUGAACACCCCCGGCGGGAACAGCAUCAGCGCCUGCGAAUUAACUUGCGCGUUGAUCUCCGCGUUGGCCCGCAACGUCGCCCAGGCGGCUCAGUCGUUGAAGGAAGGACGAUGGGACAGGAAAUUGUACUCGGGCUUCGAGUUGUCGGGCAAGACGCUCGCGGUUCUCGGAAUGGGUCGGAUCGGCCGCGAGGUGGCCAGAAGGAUGCAGGCGUUCGGAAUGCGAGUGCUCGCGUUCGAUCCGCUGUUAACCGGGGAAGACGCGAUCCAACUGGAUGUUGAGAAGCUAACUUUGGAGGAAAUAUGGCCGCUGGCGGAUUAUAUCACCGUCCACACGCCGCUUAUUCCUCAAACGAGAAAUCUGAUCAACGCGACCACCCUGGCGAAAUGUAAGAAAGGGGUGCGCGUGGUGAACGUCGCCCGCGGUGGUAUCGUGGACGAACAGGCGCUGUUGGACGCGCUCAAGUCCGGCCAUUGCGGUGGCGCCGCUUUAGACGUGUUCAUCGAAGAGCCGCCGAAGAAUCCGGUCACCUUACAGCUGAUCGCGCAUCCGAAUGUCGUCGCCACUCCUCAUCUCGGGGCAAGCACGGCCGAAGCUCAGGAGCGAGUCGCCGUUGAGAUAGCUCAACAAUUCAUAGCGCUGGCUGGCAAAUCCACGGAAUACGCCGUCACCGGGAUCGUGAACGCGCCGAUACUGAGCACCGCUAUGACGGACGAGAACGAGCCGUGGAUAGAGCUGUCGAAGAAGCUGGGCCAACUGGCGGCUCGAUUGUUGAAAGGGAAGCUGAACGUCACCGUUCGCAGUCAGACGAUCGGCUGCGGGAUGCAGGAGAAGGCUUUCGUGCACACCGCCGUUCUACUCGGUGUACUGUCCGGACAGACUAAGAACGGUUUGAAUUUGAUUAACGCGCCAACGCUUGCGCGGGAAAUGGGCAUCGAGGUGGAAGGGAGCCACGUGUCGGCGGAGGGGAAAGCCGUCCUCGUCCAAGUAGAAGGGCAUCGGAUCAAAGGCACUGUACGCGACAAGGAACCGCUGCUUCUCUCGCUGGACGACGCAUCGUUUGCCAAUGGAAUCGCUUUGGGAGACUCAGUCUGCCUGUACAAAGGUAACCGCGUUCAGGACCUGGCGCAGAUCGUGUCCGCUUUCUCCGCAAAGAGCGUGAACGUUCAGUCGGUGAACGCCAACGGCAACUGGAUAAUCGUGCAAAGCGACCGGGACACUUCUAUACCCGUCAACGGCAUCGAAAGCUUUUAAUAUUCAAAUGUCGCUUCCUCCUUUUUUCAUUCAGUAUUUUCAAUCUCGGGCGAGAAUAAUGAUCGUUAAUCGCAGUUAUCUUAUUUAUUUUAUUCGACUCGAAAACAACGAGGUAAACUUCUAUCGUGCUCCCAUGUAAUUGAAAGUCUUUAAAAAUUUUACAUACAUGUAUAGAAAAUUACAAGUAUACAAAAUAUAUGUAUGUUUAAGUAUUUA